UUCAUGCCUUUAAAUCCUCUCCGGUCUGCCGGUGCAGCUCCGGGCUCCCGCUCCCCUUUUAACGGCAUUCAUGGACCUGAACCCUCCGCUGCCUGCUCCUCUUUAACGCACCGCAGCCGCUGCAUCCUCCUGGACACAAACCUGGAAACUUUUUCCUUCUCCAGCUCCGGUCUCUCCUUUCGUCCCCACGUCAUGUCGCUUGGCACCAACGUAAAAACAGGAUUCUCCGUGCGGGACAUCCUGGACCUUCCGGACUCGACAGGAAGAUGUGGAUCCGGGACCGAGGAGACCGAGGAGGACGACAACGAGGAGGCCUCGGCGGAGGUUUCAGGCUCGGAAAACGUCCCGAAUCUGGGAUUUAGCGGCCAGGGAUUGUGUGAGCGCACCGGCGAACAAUUGGCCAGGUGGAGCAGCCCAUCCGGUAACCUGCACUUCUCAGUACACGGUCUGUCCUUGGAGCCUCGCCCCGAUCCCAAAUCUCCUGAGCUCUCCACGGAUGAGUCCCCGGACGCAGAGCGGGACGCGCGGUGCGGUCAGGCGCAGAAGGCGCGUGGAAGGAAGCGGCGCGUGCUCUUCUCCAAGGCGCAGACCUUCGAGCUGGAGCGCCGCUUCCGGCAGCAGCGCUACCUGUCCGCCCCAGAGAGGGAGCACCUGGCAGGACUGAUCCGCCUUACCCCGAACCAGGUGAAGAUUUGGUUCCAGAACCAUCGCUACAAGAUGAAGCGAGCCCGCGCCGAGCGCAACCUGGAGGCGUUGCAGCUACUGCCGGCCCGCCGGGUCGCCAUCCCGGUCCUGGUGCGGGACGGAAAGCCCUGCGACCGGUUUGCAACGAACGAGCUGGAGGCGACGCUCAGAUCUGGUCUAAGCCUGCCUCUCUGUGCCUACUCCCCUCUGCUGCAUCCCGCAUACGGCCCGGAACAGCCCAGACUGCCGCAGCGGCAUCCAGGGGUGCAGCAGCUGGCGCACAUGUACCACUGGAGCUGGUGAAACCCGAGACAAGACUUUUCUCUUCCUCUUUAUGAGUCCGUGUUCGGCCUUCAAAUGAUCGUUUUGCCUUCUCAGAAUAUUCUCCCUUAGAUGAUAAAAGCCACUAUUUGCCUCUUUUGGAGAAGUGAGAGAAAUUUGUGUUUUUCGUGGAGUCUGGCACAUUUCAGGAUGUGCUCUCGAAGGGGGCUGGUCUGGAAACAAGGCGGAAUAAGACCAGAAAAUUGGAGUCAAAGUUGAUUAAAAUUUUAUCGCAUUUAUUCUUAUGAUGAAGAAAAUGCUCUCACAGGUGACAUGUUUAUUUUCUUUUGUAU